UAAUUUGGGGAAAAUGAAAUGGUUUUCUUUUUUUAAAGAGUGAACUUGAAUUGAAACAAAGGAAGGCUAAUAAAGGAGACACAUCACACAGUUGAUUGUACCAUGAAAAGUAGAAUUAGAUUGGGUUUUUAAUUAUGGAAUCAACAGAAACAACAAAACCCAUCACCACAAAGGAGAAGAAAGAAGUGCACAAAGAAGAACAAGACAUGGAAGAAACAGAGACAAAGAAGAGCAAGAAGCACAACAAGAAGCAAAAACACCAGCACCCAAAUGACCAAACUACAAAAUCAGCCUCUGAUUUCUCUUUCAAGCCAUGCUCUGAUGUAAAGGGUCUUAGAUUUGGUGGCCAAUUCAUUGUUAAAUCCUUCACAAUCCGGCGAGCUAGGCCUUUAGAGCUCCUCCAGCUCCUUUCUUUUCCGGCUACCACCAGAAAUUCCGGCCACAAACCGCCAUUCCCAUCAGCCACAGCUUUCAUUCCUACAAACUUCACAAUCCUUGCGCACCAUGCUUGGCACACCCUCACUUUAGGCCUAGGCACCAGGAAAUCCAAAGUUCUUCUCUUUGUGUUUGAAAAUGAGACCAUGAAGGCAGCCAUAGAUCGUGUUUGGCCAACAGAAAUCCCUCUAGGUGAAGUGAACAAGAAGAUGAUUAGAGGGCUAAGUGGGUGUGAGAUGGCUCGGUUCAAAUUCAGAAAAGGGUGCAUAACUUUUUAUGUUUAUGCAGUUAGAAGAGAAGGGUGUUUUGGGUUUUCUUGUACCGAUGAUUUGAGAACUAUUUUGGAAUCUGUUGUUGCUCUUAAAGAUUUCUUGGAUCACACUGCAAUGCUUGCUAUGCCUAAUCAGAGAACCAUCAGCUUUGCUGUUCCUCCUGUUGCAAUGGCUUAUUAGCCUCUCCUCUAAUUAUAUUGCUAUUCAUUUUCCUCCAUCAUCAAUAUUAGCCAAGCUAAGCAGAAAAGGAUUGAUUGGUAAUUGGUAAUUGGUUUAUUUGUUCACACUCUUCUGUUUUUUUUUUUCUUUCACUUUCCUUUUUUCCAAGAUGAACAUUUGUACUGCAGAAUGAAUAAGACUAGUAAGAUCACUUCUUAUAUUGACAGUA